UCGACUGCUCUAUCCGUUAGCAUUAUUCUGUAUCUAUCUCUCUUCAGCUAGAGUGAGAACAAGCGAACAGAAAGUAAUUUUGGAAAACAAACAAUUUUGUUCUUUUAUUCCACCCAAAAUACAAGUUUACAUACAAAUAAAUCGGUCGAAUGUUCCCGGUUUAGCCAAUCGGAACGAAAACUUCCCCAAAAACGUAAAUUGCUGUCUAGUUAUUAAGAUACGCUUCCGAUUCCAAUAUUUUUCUGAGGCCUGGUUGCGUAAAAGUCUUAAAGCUGGCGUCGCGAGUUUCAGUGUUGAAAAGCCCGUCACUGCAAUAAAUGUAUAGAACAACAUUUUACUAAAACUAGUUUUUCGCUCAAGUGGGCACGAUGGAAGACCUUACCAAAAACAUAAUCUUUACAAAUGCUAUUAAUGGACAACCGGCCACAAUUCAGUACCAGACAACGGAUGGCACCAUCCUUAAACAACCGAAAAUCGAGGGUCAAAAGGCAGAGCAGCAGCCUACAUUUUAUUAUACGACAAAUGGCAAUGGCGGUACCGUCAAUCUCGCUCAGCUGGCUACCACAGAUGACAAGACCUGCUACAUCGCCCAACCAGUGGGCGGUUACAACUACGCUCUAGUCAAUGGGAUGCCUAUAAAUCAGGGAACAGCACUGGGCAUCGCUACGGUAGACUCUCAAGGCCGGAUCCAGAUCGUUAAUCAGAAUAAACCCAUUGCAGCAAAUACCAUAUCCAAUAUCAGCUUCAAGUGUGAUAUCUGCUCGGAUAUGUUUCCUCACCUGGCACUGCUCAAUGCACAUAAGCGGAUACAUACAGAUGGGGAGCAGCAACAACAGCAGCAGCACAACACCCAGCAGGCUGGUAGUGAUGGAAUAGCCGUAGUGAACGCUCAGGGUCUAGUGCAAGCGCAGAACAUCAUUGGUAAUGGCCAGAUGGGCCACAUUCAGAUAGUGUCUUCCGACACACUUGAGUCUGUGCAGCAGUCGGUCAUGCAGCAGCAGCAGCAACCCGAGCCCAAGGCAAGCAAGUGCAUGAAUUGCGGCAGUACUAUACUGCAGCAGUCCAAACGUAAAGGUCCAAAGCAAGUACGCUGCGAAUCCUGCAUGCAGGCCGAACAAUCAUCGCAGCAACAGCAGCUUUUUGUAGCACAAGACGGUCAAAUGGGACACCCUGUGCAGAUAAUAUCUACCACCCCCCAGGCCCAGGCACAGCUGCAGCAAAUUGUGGCUGCGCAGACUGGCGGUACGACACCGAAGAGGGAGCCAAGUGGUGGAACUAGCCAUCAUCCAGUUAAAAAACGAAAUUCUCAGCAAAUGACAAAGUGCCAGAAGUGCAAUGGCUCCGGUGUGGUUCUAGUGGGGCAGCACUCCCAUGCUGGACACAGUGGAGCGGGGGCAUCGGUAAAGCAAUCGGUUACUGUUAAAACUGAAUGUUUGUCCUGUAGGAAUCCGUCGAAGCCAUUCAGUUGCAAUAUAUGUGGCGGACUAUUUUCACGUUACUCAAGUCUGUGGUCACAUAAAAAACUGCACAGUGGCGAAAAAAACUACAAGUGCAGCAUCUGCGGUUUGGCGUUUGCCAAAGCCGUAUAUUUGAAAAACCACGCGCGUAUCCACACAGGGGAAAAACCAUAUAAAUGCCAAACAUGCGGUAUGCAGUUCUCGCAGUCGCCACAUCUGAAAAAUCAUGAACGCACGCAUAGUGGAGAAAGGCCCUACGUGUGCGGAGUUUGCGACAAAGGAUUUGCGCGCCAUGCCACUCUUUGGAACCAUCGGCGCAUCCAUACAGGCGAAAAACCCUACAAAUGUGAAAUUUGCGGAUCUGCAUUUUCUCAAGCAGCGCAUCUUAAGAAUCAUGCAAAGGUGCAUUCUGGAGAGAAGCCCUACAAGUGCGAAAUUUGUUCGGCGGCGUUUGCAGAUCGUUUUGCACUUAAACGCCACCGUGGCAUACACCAAAAGUACGGACAAACUGCACCUCGUCAGACCAGUAGCGAAGGAAUGAUAGUGCAUAAGCAGGAGAUUCCCGACAUGGAAGAUGAAGCUCAGCAGGAGGUAAUAAUCGGCGGGUUAUAGAUAAUACCAUUGAAUUCAAUUGCGAAGGCCAGUGGCACCUUCAUGGUUUCGGCUGAGCAGGUGCUGUCUUCAAACUGUAAGACUAGUGUGUACCAUGAUCAACAGAUUCCCUAUGACUUUCAUUAUCGGUUGCCUCCACCACUACCGCCAAUACUAGCCCCUGAACCAAUAUGUAGGGGAGAUGUCUUUUUUCAGAGAUGUUAGCACUAAAAACUGCAUUGAAUUUGUUUUACUUCAGAUAACGUGCAGGCACAUUGGGCCCAAACACGCUUUUUACGUUAAACAGACGAAUUAAUCUAAAUUAUUUGAUUGUUUGUAAAACGAAAUCUAAACAUACCUAAAACAGAAAAACGCAUAGUUUUCUAAGUGUUAUAGACUAUUUACUUAUAAAAAUUUCACAAGAGGGAAGCAGACGAGGCGAGCAAACCCUAAUCGUAAGAAUCUGCACAGAAAAAAGCUCAUGUAUAUAUAUCAUAUACUCGUAUAUUUAUAUUUAUGUAUAUAAUGAUAGUCAUAAGCGAAAAUAUUUUUAAUUCGACUUAUGUAAGUAUUGAAUGAUUCGUAAAUAAAAUAAUUUUUACUAACCUA